GCCCUUAUCUCUCCCACCUUCCCAUCUCAUCUGCCUCUCCCUCUUCCCCAUUCUAUCUAUCCACUACUCCCUCCCUCUUUCUCGCUCUCCUUCCCUCAGCUCCACUACACAACGUGCCCACACCAGACACAGGCUGCAGAAGGAAAGUUGGCCCCAUCUAUAGCCCUGUACAUCAGUCCUGUACAGCAGCAGUUCCCCAUUCCCAUCCAUCCCUCAGUGGCGGCUCCUGCUUUGACUGUGUAUGUGCCAGUCUGGUACCUCGCUGAUGAUCGCUGGGCUCACUUGCUGCUUAGGAAACAAACCUGCCCGACAUCAAGUCUGUAGAUCAGAAACCCGACCACGUCGCUUUCAUGGAGCGGAUGGAGCGAUCUGGCCACAAUUAGCUCUGUGCUAAUCCCCAACUUACUUCGGUGCUGCCUGCCACCGCCACAGUCGCCCUUUCACCUUGCAAAGGAAGAUAAAAGCCAUUAGGCAAAUGUGACCGGUAUUUCCUACUUACAACUGGUGCCACGGAAGCAAGUAAAAUAACCAGAUGCAUAAUAUGGAUGGUUUAAUUGAACAGAACAAUGUGCUGAUGCAUAAUAAAAUCACAGAGGCUGGGAAAAAGAAUGGCUUAAUCAACACCAGAAAUUUAAUGGCCGAAAAUAAAGAUGGGAUGGUAUCUGUGUAUCCAACCCCUCAAUACCAGAGCCACGUUGUUGGAAAUAUUUCGCCGCUGACUGGAAGAGACAAAAUUAAAAAUGAACCCGUUCAGCAACUCUUGGAUCCAAACAUGCUUCAAAAAACUGUGGAGUCCCACUACCGGCCAAAUAUUAUUCUGUAUUCGGAGAAUGUCUUGCGCUCUUGGGGAGAGAAUGUCAGCACUGAGUGUUGUGAAACCACAUUUAUAGAAGACAGAUCGCCCACCAAAGACAGUCUUGAUUACCUGGAUAGCAAGUUCAUAGACCUUUCAUCUGAAGACAUCAAAAUUCAUACUCUCUCAUAUGACGUUGAAGAAGAGGACGACUUCCAGGAGCUGGAGAGCGACUAUUCAAGUGACACAGAAAGCGAAGACAACUUCUUAAUGAUGCCACCGAGGGACCAUCUUGGCCUGAGUGUAUUUUCUAUGCUGUGCUGUUUCUGGCCUUUGGGUAUUGCAGCAUUUUAUCUGUCACAUGAGACGAACAAAGCGGUAGCCAAAGGUGACUUUCAUCAAGCCAGCUCCAGUUCCAGACGGGCCCUCUUCCUAGCCGUGCUGUCUAUCACCAUUGGAACAGGGAUAUAUGUUGGAGUGGCUGUUGCCCUUAUAGCCUACCUUUCAAAAAAUAACCAUUUAUGAACCUCAAAAGGCAUGUGACUAAUACAAAAAUGCACUGGGCCAAUGUGCAUAAAGAUGCUACGCUGAAGGCUGCCAAUAAAAAACAUUCGAGUCCAGCAGAUAUUUUUCAAGAAAUCUAAAUAUCUCUGUACAUAUUAAAUUUCAUGAAGUUUUCUGUUCAUAAUUGAAUGUACUUUUUUCAGCAUUUUGUAUGUAUUUGCUUUGGCAUCGUGCUAUACAGACAAGCAAAAAAAGGAAAAAAACUUUUUCUAAAGAUCAACCUGUGCCACGGUGUUGCCAUACUGUUUGGUAGCCUCACACAGCAAUUAGAUACGUUGUGUUGUGUUGAGGUUCCUAAUGAAUUACGGUGCCAGUAAAAUAUUGAAAAUCAUUCUGACACUCCGGGGUUCAUAUACAGCUCAUGUACGGUUUUCACACCAGCAUUCCAAUCAUUAAAAUUGAAAUACAGCAAUACAUAAGCAGCUUAAGCCACGAUUCAUUCUCAUGAGGUGAUAAAAUCAAUUUAACUAGUGCCCCAGGCAGAGAGUAAUGAAGCAAGUUUUGGUUAUCUAAAUGAACAUGGGGGUUUUCUGACCUUACACGUCUUUUCAGCUGCCUUAGAUCUCAUGGUAUUGAAUUUGUUCCAUCCACUAUAAGAACAGGUGGAAAAAAAGCAUGUCCAAAUAAAUGGAGCUGUUUUAGUGCUACUGUAUUGUUUGGUACAGAACAGAACUGCCCAUAAUCAUUAGACAUAGGGCCAUAACUGACUCAAAGGUACGGCAUGAUUAUUAUGCCACUAACCAUGCUAAUUGUUUCAGUCAUAUGUACUGUUAUAUAUUGUAAUUAAUGUUUAUUGCACAAUGCUUCCCGGUCAUUUCCUUUAUAUUCGCUAAAUAAAGGUUGUAAAGGAUGCAUGA